AUCAGACUAGGAAAUUCGAGCAGUGCCCUGCGCCUUGCUCAGCCCGGAAAGCCAUCGGAGUCUUCCUUCCCCCCCCCCCCAUCUUCUUCAUCCUCCUCCUCCUCCUCAGAGGUGUUUUCAGUCGAAGAGGACUGAUCACGGAGUUCCCAGAGGAGCAGACCACCCCACCGGUCCGGAGAAGACUGGAGAAUGGGCGCCCUCCUGCUUUAACGCAAUGACUCCUCGCCCGUCCAGGGAGGAGAAGCAGCUGCACAGGCCUUCUUCGGCAAAGAUCGGGGCGGCUGGGGAGGACCGACUGGAGAAAAUGGAGGUGUGAGUGCAGAUCUCCCGCAAGCCCCCAACCUUUCGCUGAGGACGAGACGGUCGCCCAGGAAGGACAGCCGGGGCAGAUCUGUGCGGCAGGGAGCCCUACUUUGGUGCGGGAGGGGGCAGCUCCCUUUUGUGGCUUGUUUCGCAGGGUCCCCGCAUGAUUGCGGAGGGAGACCCUGAUCCUGCCUGCGGGGGCCUCGGGGGACUGCGCGGCGGGCAGCCUAUGGCGACCCCCUCGUGCUGAGGCCAACGGGCGCUCUGUGCUGGACAGCCGAGAGCCAGGGGCUGCUGGGCGCCUGGGGGCCCGGCGAUGAGUCUGGUGGGGGGCUUCCCCCACCACUCGGUGGUCCACCAUGAGGGCUACCCCUUUGCCGCCGCCGCUGCCGCUGCUGCUGCCGCCGCCGCCAGCCGCUGCGGCCACGAGGAGAACCCCUACUUCCACGGCUGGCUGAUCAGCAGCCACCCGGCCGAGAUGUCGCCGCCCGACUACAGCAUGGCGCUCUCCUACAGUCCCGAGUACGCCAAUGGGGCGCCGGGCCUGGAGCACCCCCACCACUACGUGGCCGGAGUGGCCCCCCCGGGCAGUGGCGGCGGGCCGCCGGGCCUGGAGGGCAUUGGCCCCCGGCCGGUCAAGCGCCGCGGCACGGCCAACCGCAAGGAGCGGCGCAGGACUCAGAGCAUCAACAGCGCCUUCGCCGAGCUGCGCGAGUGCAUCCCUAACGUGCCGGCCGACACGAAGCUGUCCAAGAUCAAGACGCUGCGCCUGGCCACCAGCUACAUCGCCUACCUCAUGGACCUCCUGGCCAAGGACGACGCCAACGGCGAGACCGAGGCCUUCAAGGCCGAGAUCAAGAAGACCGACCUCAAGGAGGACAAGAGGAAGAAGGAGAUGAACGAGAUCUUGAAAAGCACCGUGAGCGGCAACGACAAGAAGACCAAAGGGCGGACUGGCUGGCCGCAGCACGUGUGGGCUUUGGAGCUCAAGCAGUGAGCAGCGCCGCCGCAGAGAGGCCCGGCCAGGACUCGGGGCCCGCGGGCUGCUGAGCCAGGGACGCCCGGCGGCGGCAGCGGCGGAGGCGGCGGCGUGGGACUCGUCGGGUUUAUUUAUGUGCAAUUUCCCUCCCCUAAUCUCCCCCUUUAAAAUGUGGAUCUUGGAAGGAAAGCAUUCCAUAUUUGAAUCGACGAAGAGGAAAACUCCGGCGUGGUGAGGGGUAAUGUGGUCUCCGUCGUUUUCUCUUUCUCUAUCUAUCUAUAUAUAUAUAUUUGUCGUGGAUGCUCUUUGGCUUUGUUUGUAUAGAACACCCGAGACAACAAGAGGAAAAGGCAAAGCAACAAAAACUCGCUGUGUGUGGGUGCGUGUAUGUGAAGUGUAGCUCUCUUUGCGACCUGCCCUCUUUGUCCAGCAUGUGGGAUGGGAGGCCAGGGCUAAGCAGUCCCCCUGCUCCCUACCAAGGCUUCCUUGCUUGGGUAGAGUCCGGAGGCUGGGUGGGUGCUGCUCUCCUCCUGGCCUGCCCCUAGUUGGAAAAGGUUCCCCCCAGACAGCCCCUUGUUCAUGUGCACUUCGGCCCUCGAGGAAGAGAAGACCAUUAGAAUUAGGCAAAGUAUCGUGGAGUGGAAUUAAUAUUUUGAAAGGUGUAAACGCUGUAACUAUUCAAAUAAACCACUGUGUGUGUUUUUUUACUAAAA